AUGCGUCGAACUAUUUAUACGGGAUAUCCCACUGACACACGUGGUUGGAACGCAGAGAGCAAAAAAAGGAAGACAAAGCCGGUUGCCGCGGAGAAGGAGAAAGGAAAGGAGAAGGCGGGCAGUAAGCGAAAACCCGAGCAGGUAACCUCUCAACCUGCAGCAAAGAAGGCAAAGAAGGAGUCACAGAAAUCUCAGCAGCCGAUGGCAAAGAAAGCACCACCACCGAAGGAUUCGUCGUCAUCUGAAUCUGAGUCAUCAGAAGAGGAGGUAGUGAAAGCUGCAGUCCCACCUGUAAAAGCAAAAGAGCUUCCUGCUGCUGUGAAAGCACAGCCAGUGAAGAAAGUUCCUGCCAAAGAAACGUCGUCUGAAUAAAAAUAUGAAUAAUUAAUAUUUUAAGUAAACUAAUUAUUAAUACAAGAUUUUAAAAUAAAACUAUAAAUAGAACUGUAAAUAAUUAAUUAUUAAAUAAAUUAUUUUGAAUUAAAACUAUAAACAAUUAAUGAAUUAUUGAGUAAAUUAUUUUUGAUCACGAGAAUCCAGUGUUGAUCUUUUAGCAAGUGCAGUUGAUGCAGUGGAAGGCGCUGCAGUGUCGGAUGCCAUUUGUCUCCUACUCUGUACUGAGUUUUCGACCCAGCAACCUGCUCAGUGCAACUUCUCACUGUGUGUGUGUGUGUGUGUGUGUGUGUGUGUGUGUGUGUGUGUGUGUGUGUGUGUGUGUGUGUGUGUGACAGUGGAGCGGCAUGACCAACCUGUUCGAGUUGAAUGCGAAUGAGCCUUGCUCUCGAAUAAUGUAGGAUCUUCGAUUGUGAGCAGAUGGUCUGUUGGAGGAGGAUAGGAUGUUGCCAUAAAGCAACGGAAGAAAACAAAAGAAAUUAACAUUAUGGCCUUGAUGUCCAGACAUAAGUCAUAGAAAGUUACGCGAGAUGCUGUUUCUUGCAGUUGCAAUCAAU